ACGUCAUGGGACCCGUUCUGAGAAUUGAGAUAUGAUCAGUAGAGCUCGCAAAUUAUACCAUCAACGAGUGUGUUUCUGUCUUAUGCUCUUGUUUGAGAAGUAUUUAAUACUCUGGCUGCGGUUGUAACACAAGUUAUAGGAAAGAACCUUAACCUUUGUGAAUACCUCAUCGUUAUAUGGGAUGCUAAUUCCAGCCCGCAAGUAAAGUACAACUUUUAUUAGAGCUCAAGAAAACGCAUCUUUUUCGUAACUGGAAUUAGGAAAGUCGUUGUAAUCGAAAGUACGAGCGACGGACGAAAACUCUUCAUUUUAGAACCCUUCAACACAAGAUGGUAACCCAAGAAGUGUCAAGAUGGAUAUUGUUGCUGGCUUGUAUAGUUGGUCUUUUUACUGCUGCAAAAGCUGCAAAUACUGUUAAUGGGAGCAAGAUAAAUUGGGACAUUCCCAAAGAAGAAGAAUGGAAAAGUAAUAUAAACUUAAAAUUUGACGACAGAGGGCUUCAGCCAUGGUACGAUUUAUCCGUGUCUUUCAUAAACACAGUACUGAACAAAGAUCCUUACGAAAUCAUGAGGGAAGUUAUAUCAGAAAAUAAGCCACUGACAGAGGACCCAGUAAACAGGUUUGUUACUGGAUACGCACUGGGUGUUGUCAUCUGUGCUGGCAUUGGCGUCCUCUUCAUGUUGAUCAUGCCCAUUGUGGGGUUCUGCUUCUGCUGCUGCCGUUGUUGCAACAACUGCGGCGGCGAGAUGUCCCAGAAAGACCUACCAGGAAACGCUUGCAAGAGAUCAGUGUUUGGCGUCAUUCUCAGCAUCAUCACACUGCUCAUGUUUGCUGGAGUAUUGUUAAUGUUUGUCUGUAAUGACAAUAUGAGCCACUCUGUCGGGAAUUCCAAGAGUACUAUUGAUGGGAUUGUGAACGAAGCUGUUGGAUUUGUCAACAAGACAUUUAAUGAAUUUGAUAAUGUCGUAGACAAAGACUUCAAGACUGCUGUAGACCAGCUGUCGUAUGACAUUAGUGAUGCUGGGGUGAAGGAACACCUCGGGGAUCCCCUCCUUGCAGUGCUAGAGAGUGCCAUUCUCAAACCAAUAGAGGCUGUUGCAACCCUCUCACAGAAUACAAAGGCCAUGGAGAAUCAGUUAGUGGUUAUAGUGAACAACACAAACGAUCUGAAGAAAAUGGGAACCACAUUGUCUUCAGAUCUGCAAGUUGCACGUGAUAAUCUUACUGACAUUUUGAACGAUUGUAAGAAUACUUCUGACCCAAGUAUCUGUGGUGACAUUAACACUAACGAGCUAAAACAGGAUGCAAACUUCAGUGCUGUCGAUAAUGUCCAAAGCCAACUAGACAACAUCAGAGAAGUGUCUGAACUGGACUUUGAAAAGGCUGCAAAAGAGGGUUUGCAAACUGUUAGAGACAUUCCUAUAACCAUGAUAAACAAAACAAGUGGACCUCGUAAUGAUAUAAUAAAGAUGAUAGCAAAUGCUACAACUCAGGUUAAAAAAAUUCUUACAGAUGGACGUAAAACUGUUGAUGAUGGUGUUCUACAACAGUUAAAGAACAUACAGUCGGAUAGUAAUUACUACACAGAUCUUGUCAAACAAUAUGAUAAGUACAGAUGGUACGCUGGUGUAGGAGCGGCUUGCCUGUUUCUACUCAUUGUUGUGAUGAUGGCGCUAGGUCUGAUGUGUGGCAUCUGCGGCUAUGACAAAGAGGCCACUCCAACUACACGUGGGUCCGUGUCUAAUAUGGGUGGAAACUGUCUUAUGGCGGCUGUUGGAUUUGCUUUUAUCUUUUCCUGGUUCUUCAUGUUGGUCACAACCAUUUGCUUUCUGAUUGGCUCUCCACUCCAGAGGAUAGUGUGUGAGCCAAUACAGUCCAACACCAUUUGGAAGGAGGUUAUUGAUAAUCCUGCUAGCUACAAAACUGGUGAACUCCCCCUUAGUGGGAUUCUAGGUGGCAAUAAAUCUGUUUCUAUAAAGGCUGGAGAAGUCCUCAGUAACUGUCGUCAAAACAUGCCAGCCUAUAAAGCUCUAAAAAUCGAAAGUCUCUUCAACAUAUCUGAACAGUUUGAUAUUAAGAGGCUUCUUGGAGAAACAAUCGAUAAAGAGUUGGACAACCUAAAAGUGAAUCUGACUGACCAAAAAAUUCUCAAUAAUGACUCCCGUCAGAGCUUGAAAAAGUUGAACGAGUCUGGUGUGGAUGACAUUAACUUUGAUUCCUUUUUAAACCAGACCAGGAAAGGAAUUACCAAGUCCAACCUGACAAUAUUUGCUGCUCAGCUGGAUGAACUUGCGAAAAACUUUUCAAGAGCUGGAGAUGAUCAGUCUGGUGGUCCUGCUACCAAACUCUAUGAACUUGGAAACAGGACGGAAGAAAUUGCCAAGGACUUGCGAGACCUUGACAAGAACACGGCACAACAGAUGAGAACCAAAGCUGAUGACAUAGAAAAGAAUGUGAAUGACCUGAAAGCGAUUGGAGGUGAUCUUUCGAAUGCUGCUGUAAACGCUCUAAACGAAGCAGAAAAGGCAGAGCAAUAUCUGUAUUACAGCGCGGGCCCGGAUAUUGCCACAACGGUCGCCAAGUUUGCUGCUCGCGUUCUUGGCUGGGGUUACCAAUUUACAGACCACGUUCUUAAUCUGGUGGAAAACAAUAUUGGAAAAUGCAAGCCUUUGACCAACAUCUUUGAUGGAACCGUGAUGUACAUGUGCAACGAUCUGCUUUACCCAUUUAAUGGUUUCUGGCUGUCGAUGGGAUUCUGCUUGUUUUUCUUCAUACCCUCCAUCAUCUUCAGCGUCAAGUUGGCCAAACACUAUCGCUGCAUGAAGUACGAAAGCGACUUUGACCAGGAAGGCAUGGCCGGAAUGGAAGCUUUUGAGAUGGCUCAGCCGCCGCCAUACAACGACGUUGGCCAAGAAAAGAAGCUGUGGGCGAAUCCAAAAAAUUCAGUGUACCCCAAGGCCCCCUCAGCGCCCCCGCAAUAUUAGACGCAAACACUGAGAAAUGCAUGCUCUCUUCCUGUCCAACAUUUAAGUAAAAAUGGUGUUUACCCAUCGUCAAGAUACUAAAGCCAACGUACUAAACUGAUCCUGCCCUUGGAGAAAUCCAGAAGCUUGAUGAUUGGCCAAAUCGGUUGGUCAUCCUGAACCAGGUUUAUAGGCAAAGCAUAGUAUAGCCCAUUUUAUAACGAGACAUACUUUUGGAGUCAAUGUCAGGGCGACCUGUGGUGGUGGUGGUGGUGGGGGUAGGGGGUAGGGAGUAAAACCACCAUUUUUUUACGGAUGAUGAAAAGUCACCCCAGUCUUGAAGCAGUUGGAAAUUACAGCGCUGAAAAAAAAAAGCAAGACUGGUUCCAGUCUCUUGAGAGCGAACCAGCCUUAUUGUUUAAAAAAUGACGGCAUUUAAACUGCAAACUGCCAUAUAACAUAACGAUUAGUAUGCUUACACGUUUUUUUUUUAGCACUGUUAACGUAAAUUGUUUCAUCCCACCUAUUUACGCCAACCAUUUCUAGUGGUUUUUCUUUUGAAGCAAAAUAUGGAUCUGGUAUAUACUUCAAAAUGUUUUCCUUACUCGCAUGAGAGAAUCGCUAUCCUCCGCAUUAUCAAGCAAAACAAAACAAAAAUCCUUGUAAAAAAAUAUUUAACUAAUUCUCUAUUUCCAAUGCUUGGGUAUAAUUCGUUACAGAUAGGAAGACAUGUAUAAUAGGCUCUCGUGUGGUUAUGUCCGGGUCAUAUAAAGCGCUUUUCUAUUUAUCAAUUCCAAGCGAACACCAUUUUUUUUAUUCUAUAUAUUGUUAUUAUUAUUACUAUUAUUAUUAUUAUUAUUUGAAAUAUUUGCGAUUUGUAUGACCGUCGCCUUUCUGAACAACUAAAUGAUUACUUAAAAGCAUUUUUACAAAAACAAAAAGAAAGAAAAUGGGUUGUAUGAUUGCAUCAUGAUAAAUUGAAUAAUUAGGUGUCCCGCGUGUUGUCACGUGACGAACCAAGCCCUUAAUGUGUCAAUAUAGUCCGUGAUUGCUGAUUGGUAGCGCUUUGGUUAGCUUAUUUGUGUAAAGUUGAUGUUAGAAAUAUAGAUUUUAGUGAUUGGAUAUGGCUUUAUAGAUUCAUAAAAAGCUGCAUUAAACUGUGAUUGACA